AUAUUUAUAUAAGAACACGAAACCGAGUCGAGUGGAGGACGGAGCAACACCGGACCGACACAACAUCGCCACAAAACAAACUUCUCCCGCGCGGGACUCACAUCUCGGCGCCUCUGAACUCCGCGCCCUUCUGCUCAUUUUCCUGCGCCUCGGUAAAAUCCAGCGCUCUCUUCGCCUCCUUCUUCUGGAAAAGCUUCAGCGACAGCCUGUUCUUCUUGCUGGGGCUGGCCCUGGCGGUGUCGGCGGGCAGGACGCCGGGCAUGGCUGGUGCGGGGCGCGGCCGUGGCGCUCACACCGCUACAUCGCGGCCCCGCUCCCGCUCGCCGUUGCCAUGGAGACCGCGGGCCGCGCGCCCGCAAACUUGGCGCGUUUUUUUCCGCGCGCCCGCGAGGACCCCCCCCGCCCCCCCCCGGCGCCCCGCGCGCGCCCCGCCUCGCGCCGCGCCCCCUCCCCCGCACCAACCACCCCCCCCGCGCCGCCCGCCCCGCGAGAACGCCGGAGAGGGAGCGCGCCGCAGGGCGAGCACAGCAGCGAGAAGCCGCGCGGAGCGGCGGAGCGGUGUGCGCAGGGAGCUGGCAGUGACACCGAAGGCGCCUCGGUGGCAGCGCGCCGCCAAGAGGGGCGCGGCACGCCCGCCGCUGCAUCAGGCAGCGCGACGGACAGCCCGCCGGGGGCCCUGGCUGAGCGCGCGCGGGCGCUGGUAACGGCCCGGCCAAAGGGCUCUCGGGCUCGGGCUGUACCAUUCCGAGGGGACAACCCGGCCCCCCCUUCGCUGGCGCGCGGUGGAUCGGUCCCGCUGUGGUCGCGCCCCCCCCAGCCGGCUCAGCCAAUCAGAGGCGGCGGCUACGCCCGCCCUGAAGGGCCUUGGGCCGGUCCCGCGCCGGGCUCGGUCCCGACAUGGCGUCAAAGGGCCUCUCGCUGCCGUCCCGCGCUUUUCGCGGUCGUAAAUCAAGCGUUUCGCUUGUAGUCCCCGUCAGACCCCAGCUAAAAAGCUUUACCAGCGCAUCUGUGGAGAGGCAAUAAAUAAUAGUUAUCACCGAAGCUGAUAAGGCAGCAAAGGUGCUGUGAUAGCAGCUGGGACAGAUCACUACAGAUCAAAAAAAAGAUGGAAUGUGGGAAAAUGCUAUAGAUUAGUCCAUUCUGCUCUUUAAAACUGGCCCCUCCAGGACCUGUUUAUACGUUGCUGACAGAAAACCUUUAUGUAUAAACUCUAUGAGUGACUCAGUCUGAGGACAGUCAGGAGUCAAUAUGUUUGUAGCUCCAGAUCCAUCACAGCUCCAUAACACUCUUUAGAAAGGCCUCUUUCUACCUAAGACUUUUUUCUUUUUUCUUUUUUUUCUUUUUUUUUUUUUUUUUUUUUAACCUGGCUAACUAUAUAAUUUGUUUUCAAGAAAAAAUCUCUGACAGUCAAACUAAUGCAAGGUGCUAAAACACAUUUUGUUACCUCUGGAAGUGUAUCAAAAUAAAUCCCAGUCCCAUGUUUAACCUAUAAAGACAACUGCAUUUUCAUUUCUUUUAAGAAAAACAAUGAAAUAGUUUAAAUCUACUCUCAGUCUUGUAUCCAAACAACUGUCCGUGGGAUACACAAUCAUCCUGUUUAUAUGAAAUGCCCCAAUAGUUUGUUUUGGUUUCACUUGCUGUGAAUUACCAAUGUCUUGUCCUUACAUAUUCAGUGGCUUCAGUAUUUCACAAAUUCAUCUGGCUCUGAAAAUUGCUCUUUUAUUUGCUCCAUAAAAGGGCUUGGAUUUUUCACAUCUCUCUUUGGGACCCACAAGAAUAAUCCAAGUCCAACUAUGAUGCUCUGUGAUUUCCCAAAAGGUUGGGAAUCUUUUAAAGAUUCAUCUUUUAUCUUGAAAAUAAAGAACUCCAUGUGCCAGUCA